AUGGAGGGGCUCAGAAAGACUCGCCAGCCAGAACUUUUCAUGUCCUUGAAGAGGGACAUGGCCAUGGUCACUCAACAGAUUUUUGUUGCAAAGGAAUGGGCCAAGAAGGCUCGCGAGGACUUGCAUAGGGUGGCUCAGUCCCGCUAUGCCGCCGAGAAGGCUGCUGGUGAUCUCAAACAGGAUUUUGAUCGUCAGGAUAAAGAAAUAAAGGAGGUGAAGAAGGCUCACGCGAGCGCGGAGGUCGGCCUUAAGAAUGCCGAAAAGCAAGCUGAUGAGAAACUUACGGCGAAGCAGCAGGCGGUCUCCACGCUCAAGGCUGAGCUUGCAAGGACUAAGGAGGAGGCCCGCUUGGCCAAGGAAGCUGCUGAGAAGGCUGUGGCGGCCUCCUAUGAGCGUGGAGUUCAUAAUGCUGAGGCUAGGCUGGCCGAGGAGGUAGCCAUUGUCUGCAGGGAAUACAUCACCACGUCUUGGGGUGUAGCCCUGGAUCGGGCAGUUGUCCCAGCGGAUUCUGAUCUCAGGAAGGCUGAGAACAUCUUCUUCCCAGAGGAUGUACGCGAAAUUCCUGACCAGGAUGCCUCCAAAGAGCCCCUUCCAACAGACUCCUUUAUUCUCGAAGCUGGGGGCGAGGAGCAGGCCGCGCAGGACAAGCCACCUGAGGACAGCCUUUCCAUCAACGAGAUCGUCGUACAGGCCAAGGAGGUUGCCCCGGGGACCCAAGCAGCUGAUGGUCAGCCCACUCCUGCUCAGGGCUCUUAG